UAUAGCCCAAGACUUUCUUUACGGAGUACCAACAAUUCCAGACAAACUGGAAAAACAAAACUGCCUAGUAAUCUAAAAUUGGGUACUCAAACAGCGCAAUACAAAUCAAUAAAAGAAAAGAUGGCGGGAAUUUGUUGCUCCACCCUGGGCAUUGUUUCAACAUCUUACUACAACUCCAGUAUCACUAAUAUCACCAGAUGCUGUAAUAAAAAGCCAUCAACUAAUAAUAAUUCAAAGAAACAAAAACCCCGACUCCUUAAAUUUGCCGUUAAUGGACUCACUGAAUUCCUCAGGCUUUUCUCUUCCGUCAAUAAUAACAGAAUGGAUAUGGUGGUUGGUAAAGGGGAAGAUGAUUUGAUCAUUUCUGGGGUGGAUGAUGUUCUGGGUAUUCUCAAGUCAGAUUAUGAUAGUGCCUAUUUUGUUACAGGGAUUUUUACCUCUUCAGUUUAUGUCGAGGAUUGUCUCUUUGAGGAUCCAACUAUUAAAUUUCGUGGUAGAGAGUUGUAUUCACGUAACUUGCAGUUGCUGGUGCCUUUUUUUGAGCAACCCUCUAUUGUACUGAAAAGCAUUGAGAAGGGUGCUGAUGAUGAGAGAGAUUUUGUAUUGGCAAAUUGGAGCCUGAGGACCUCUUUAAAGCUUCCAUGGAGACCUCUGAUUUCUAUUGAAGGAAGUACAGUCUAUGAUUUAAAUGACGAAUAUAAAAUUGUCAGACAUGUGGAAAGGUGGAAUAUUUCUGCUGUUGAAGCAGUUGGGCAGAUAUUCACUCCUAGUUUCAGAAGACCUAUGGAUUGAACAUAAUUUUUUUGGGUGACAGCCGUUUUCGAGCAACAGUUGUCAAUUUGAAAGUUGUGAGAUCUCUGUCUUUUGUAUGAGGGAUUAGUCUCACUGAUCAGAUAUUGUUUCUACCGCAUAAGGCUGUAUAUGAAGCUGAGCAGUGCAAUUCGUUUCUCCAAUGGUUUGUUCGGAGAAAAAGUAAGUGUAUGAAGAUUCCUCGAAGCAUAUUGUUUAGCACAGAACAAGUAUUAAUGUGAUGUUGCUUUUCUUUUUGCAUCAUAAAUAGGAAAAUCUAUGUAAAAAUUGCUGUAUAAAGUCUGUGCUGUGUAUUUUCUUCCUAUCCUAGCUUUAGUUUGUGUAUAAGAUGAUGGUUUAGAUAUGGCGAUAAAAGUUGUGGCUUUUGUUUCAA